AACACAUGCAUGUAUUGUACGAGUACGUUGAAAACUGAAAAGUAAAUGACUAACCUCACCAGCAUUUCAGUAUAAAUAGAGGCCGAUCUUAUGCUUAUUUCCUCACACUUCACAUUAACAUAUAUACAUACAUACAUACAUUCAAAAACAAAGGUUAAUAGUCAUGGCUAAGUUUGCUUCCAUCGUCACCCUUCUCUUCGCUGCCCUUGUUCUCUUUGCUUCUUUUGAAACACCAACGAUGGUGGAAGCACAGAAAUUAUGUGAGAGGUCAAGUGGGACAUGGUCAGGAGUUUGUGGAAACAACAACGCGUGCAAGAAUCAGUGCAUUAACCUUGAGAAAGCACGACAUGGAUCUUGCAACUAUGUCUUCCCAGCUCACAAGUGCAUCUGCUACUUUCCAUGUUAAUCUACUCAAAAUACUCUUGUGUGGGUAAUAUAUAUAGUGUGUGUGUAUAUUUUACAAAAAAUAAGUCUGUGUUCACUAUCCCUGCGUGACUUUAUGACAUGUAUCAAAUAUGUUUAUGUUUGUUUGAUUGUAAUAUAAGGUUUUAUAUACCAAAAAUUAAAAUCAAAUGUCAAUAUAAAGAGAUGUGCAUAACAUCAUGUCCAAUUGAAUAAAACAAAUGACUUACUUUGCUAA